CCAUCUUGUUAAUGAUGACAAUGAUAAAAGUUAGAUAAUUGAAGUAAAUAAGAAAAUGUUUAUAUAUUCAACUUGAAUAAAAUAUGGUUCAUACAAUGUAACAGUUCAUCAAUACAAAACAAAUAGUUUAUAUUACCUAUUAUAGAAAGCAAUAUUCAUAUGAUGAAUAAUACACUUACAAUGAAUUCUGAAAUGGAUAAUAAAACUACCUGUCAACAAUAUUUUAAUUUAAAUGAAACAACAUAUUUACCUGAUAUAUAUGAAUUUAAACAACAACCUAUAUUAGUUUUAACGGAUCAACGACAAUUACAAACUAUAACAUCAUUGUCAAAUUCUACACUUCAAAUAACUCAAUCAUCACAGAUUUCUGUAGAAGAUCAAGAACAUCAAAUCUCUUCACGUGUAUCUGACCUAGAAUCAGUAAAUUUAGAUAAUAAUUUCCAUAGAAAUUAUAAUAAAAUCAAUAAUAUUACAAAAUUAUCAUUAAUACCUAUACUUCCAAAUAAUUCAGUAAAUAAUACAAAAAACUUAUGGUUACUUCAACAAUCUUCUGAUAAUUCAGUAAUAAAUUCUAAUAUAAAACGUCAUUUUAAACGUCGUGCAGCAAAUCAUCAUUAUAAUCAACGUCCUAUUUGUUAUUCACAAAAUAUAAAAUCUAAUAUUAAGAAUAAGUUUGGAUACAAUUCAUUUAGUGCUCCAUCUUCACUUAUAUCUAGUGCAAUAGCUACUACAUAUUCAGAAUUAAAAAAUGAAAAGACUAAAGAGAAUGAACAAAUGAAUUAUGAACAAUUACAAUUAUUAUUACCUACAUUAUCAACAGUAAAUUUGACGAAUGAUAAUGUUGAUCAUGAUGAUCAUGAAAAUUGUUUAAAUCGUAAAUUUCUAAAUGAUUUUGAUAUUAAUUCAAAUGAAAAUAGUAUUGUAGUAACUGAACCAGUACAAAUUACUGAUCGAUCAUUUUCAAAUCAAUCGAUUACAAAUGAUUAUAAAGUUAAUUUGUUAACAUCUAGUGAAUGUCUUUCUUGUUCUUUAGAAAAUCAAAAAUUAGAUGAUUUACAACAUAAUACUAUUCUUUAUAAUAGUAGUUAUAUUAAUUUAGAUAAUGGUAAUUUUCCAAUUCGUUCACAUUCAUUUUUUCACUUACGCCCAUUAGAUUCCCUUAGUUCAAAUGGAUCUCAUUCUAAACCUGAUACAGAUAUAUUAUAUCCUAUGAAUGGUUCAUUCAAUCAAUUAGCUAUUCGUGUUUCCUCAUCACCUAUGUCAGUUUGUAGUAAUAAUACCUUUUAUCAACAGAAUAAUUGUUCAGAAGAUCAAUAUAAUAAAACCACUUUUAAUGGUAACAAUUAUGGCGGUAGUAGUAUCAAAAGCAGACGGAGUAAAUGCGAGAAAUAUAUCAGUCCGGACAAGCACACUUGCAUUAGAUCAUAUUCAGCUAUGAGACAUCCAAACGAAUGUAAUAUACGUGUAUUUCGUUCACCUCUCGAUGUCCUUUCACCGUGUAAAGGAAAACUUCGAUUGGAUAUAGAAUAUCAAAAUCAUUCAAUUAAAUUACACGUAAUUGAAGCCAAAGGACUUCGUACUACUACCAGUCAGAACUGCAACUCUUUCGUGAAAAUAAGUGCAUCUCCAGACAAAGGAGUUACAUUUGAACAAACUACUGAAAUAGUCGAAAAUUCAGCAACACCAUGUUAUAAUAAAGAAUUUUUGUUAAAUUUAAACAAAAUAAAAUAUUGUAAAAGAAUUCAUCUUGCAAUCUAUGCUCAAUCAACUAAAGAGUUAGACUGUGAAUUUCUUGGUGGAAUGUCUUUUGGAAUUCCUAGUAUACAAAACAAGAAACACAUCUCAGGUUGGUAUUAUUUAUUAGACGAAAAAAUGUUUAAAAAGAAGCACCUCAAAACUGCUUUAGAUCCUAUCACCAACUUUGAAAAUGUUUUAUGUGCAACAAAUGAAUUAAUCGUAUCAGAUAUAAUGAAAACCGAAGCUGUCACUGAUGCUGUGACAACAAACACAUCAACAACAAAUCAACAAAUUCCUAUUAUUCUAACAUCGAUUAAUGAACAUGUCACACGUCCAAGUACAAAUGAAAUUCAUCCUAAUAUAAAUCGUAAUUUCGCUAGUAAUAAUCACAAUAUAAAUAAUCAUUGUUCCAGGGAAUUUCGUCCAGUAUUGUCACCUACUAACUUUAUGAUUUAUUCACAAAAUCUGCCUAAUACAUUGUUACCAUAUCAAAUUAGUAACCCACCAGUUAAUUCACAUUUUCCACAAUUUUCAUCACCAGUUCCUAUACGAGCAAAUAUGUCAAUUCCAAAUACGAAUAAAGCUUUAAGUAAUAUGAGAAUAUUUCAAUUCUCUGAAAUGACUGGUUUAACUAAAUGUCCUUUGUCGUUCUGGAAGAAAAUAUUAUCACAUACUAUCAUUCGCCAUUCACUUCUACAUCAAAUUUUAGGGAAGUAGUACAAGUUUACUUAAGAGAAUUCAACAUUACUAAAUUGUUCCAAUUGGACUAAAAAAAUUCAAAGUUAUUUCAAAUUUCCAAGCAUCACCUCCUUAACAACUUUAUAGUAGUAUUCACAUUUAUUUUACUUUAUUACAAGUUACAAUUAUUCCAGCUUUUAGGUAACUGAAAAGUAAUUCACAAAAUAUAUAAAUUGAUAUCCUCCUUUUUUUCGUCAUAUUCUUUGCUUGCCCUGCAUUCUAGUUUUGUUUUUUCUAAUUCGUUUUAUUGUCUCACUACCAAUGGUAACUUUCUUUUUUUUUCUUUUUUUUUCCAAUAUUCGGUACUAAUUUCAAAGUAGUACAAUGUACAAAUUAUGUCAAAUAAUUUAUCAGAUUUCAUACUUGUAUUUAUGUUUUCAGCUGAUCAGUUUAGAUUGGCAUUUUUACACCAUGAAUGAAUUGCUUGUAUUGCUCGAUAUUUAGUUACAAAUUUUAGUUAGAUUAGAUUUUGACUAACAGUGAAAUUCAAGAUAUGCAUUUUGUCUUGUCUACGACUAGUUAAUCGAAUGUUCCUGAGUUUCAGUGUUAGUGUUUACACAAUCAUAUAUAUACCAUCUAAUGAAAGGACCUCGAUGUUGACAUUCAGACACAAGUUUCAAUGAGGUUUAACUAAAUCUAUGUCAUAAGUUCCACGUUUAGUCACAAUCCAACGUUACAUAGAUCUUUCAUGUGAAUUUUUCAUGUAAACUUGUACACAUGUCCAAGUAUGGAUACGGACAUAGAGCGAAACGACCUAGUGAAAGUUUGAUUUGUUAGUAACUAUAGACAAAAGAAAAGUUCGAUCAUUUAUUUGUAUGCGAAAUCCAGUAGUUUAGUUACAUGAUAUUACCUUAUUUUGUCGAGUAACUAAGGUUAAAUUUUGUAAAAUGUACGAUUGGAUUUAUUGUAUCUCGUUAUAUACAGAUACUAAUACUUGUGAUAGCUGAGAAAAACUGUCACUUGCUACUUUUUAUGGAGGAACAAAUAUUGAUAACAUUUGGAGAAAGGAAGAAAAACUUCAGAUGAAGGUUAAUUCAUGAACCAACUAUACAACCACAACUGAUUAAAACGACAUCAAAAUAUUACAGUGGGGUGUAAAUCAUUCCUAUAGAUUCGGUCAACAAUUAAAGUUGAAUAAAUCUAGCUGGUAGUAAUCAAUGUUAAGUAAUCAAUAAUUUGAGGUACAAAUGUAAUUUACUGGAUCAAUAAAUGAAAUUUUUUUUAACUAAUGAACAUAAUUAAUUUACAUUUUUGCUUUUUCCUGAUAGGAUAAGAGAAAGCAUUUACUAUGAUUACGUAAAACGCUGUUUGAAAGUAGGAAUUUGUCAACCGAGCACCUUUUUGAUAAUCUUUUAUUAUUGUAUAAGACCGAAAACAACUUUCACUGGUUACAAAUAAAAUUUUCAUCACUUCAUUGUAUGUCGGAUGAACUGAAAGUUCAUUUAGUAACAUCAUUAUGACACAUGUGAAUAUGGAAUCCGUCAACACCAAAAAAACCGACUAAUUAUUUAUUUUAAAAGUUUAGUAUAGAAUUCCUCUAAUCUGCAUGAAGUUUUAGAGUAACUCACUUGUGUCCGUUAGUUUAGAAAAUUGGUCGUUUUCGAAAAAACAUGUACAUUAAUUGUAUGAAACAAUUACUCUAUUCAAACUAUAACAUUUAAAUUGUCAAGAUUCAUUUUAGUAAAACAAAAUCGUGGCUUCUAAAUGUUUAUCAUUUGUAAGUGUUUGUGAAUAUUUAGGACUGCACAAGAUAAAUCUUAAACCUGUGAAUCAGAUUAACAACUACAAAGUGGACUGUGCGUUAAUGUUUGAAGCGAUAAGUGCUGGAUUUUAGUCUAAAUACGAACAUCAGUACCAGGCAAAUCAACGUGAGGAGUCGCAAAUAGAACAAAACAAUCCUUCUGGACUCAACCAUUGGCAAAAUAUCGUGCUAUACUUGUGAAUCCCGAUUGACUAAUAUUUCAUAUAUGAAGCUCUUUAAAUGUAAUUCUAUCCUUUCUGGAUAGAUCACGUAAAGAUUUGUUCGAAAGCUAAUAUUUGGUUGCGUUAUAACACAGAAUGUUUCCAAUUCAUAGGCUUUACUCUAAUAUACAGUAAUAUUUUAACACGUAUACGAAAUUACUAAACCAAUCAAGAUAGUUUAUGAGUCAAUGAAAACAGUGGAAUAGAUUACAUAAAUAAGUUAAAAGUACAAAUUGUUAGUGUGAUGACAUAAUUGGUAAUAAGUCAAUAAUUAGAAAAAAUAACAUUCAUAGAAAGAUUACAAGAUUACGUAAUAAGAAGUGUUCAAAUAAUUGGACCGUGAAGUGAAUAUUUGAGAAAAAAAAAGGCUGGGAGAGUAAGGAGAAAAAUAAACGAACAAAGAGUAUGGAAAAUAAUAAGAAAUAAAAUCAUUCAUUAAGGCCAAGGGAGAGAUAAGGAUGUUACAAACUUCUUAUCAACAAAAAGACUUGUAUUGUUGGCUCGAUUUCCUACAGCUCCUAAUAUGUGUAAGAGACGAGAUCGAAUAUCAUAAGGAAAAAUAGUAGGAAUACGAUAAAUAAAUUUAAUUGAUUUGUUUCUGUCCACUACAUGACCACUAUCGAUCAAGUGUGACAGAACCGAGCUGCGUAUUAUCUUGACAUUACCUUUUACUAACCACGAAUGGAGGUGUUCACUAACAAUUUGGUUCAGUUGUCUGGUAUUGCGCCCAAUAUAGCUUUCUUCACAGGAGCAGCUGAAUUCGUAGAUACAUAUAAAAAUGGCAUAAUCAGGUAACUUAUACCUCAACUUUUAGCAACACUAAAUAUAACAUUUAUUAAUGACUAGUUUCUAUGGGUUAAAUAUAUUACAAAUAGAUUAAGUAGAAAGUAAAAGAAUGAAAGUAAAUGAGAAACCUAAGAAUCAUUUAUAUCAUUUUAUUUUAAUACACAAAUUAUGAACUUCACUAAUGGUUAUUAUUAGAAUAAAUAAAUCAAUAACUUUCAAAUAUACACAACUAGAAUGAUGAUUCAAACAAUAACUGUCUAGUGCAACAUUAAAUAUAACAGUUGUUCUGUUGAAAUAUAACCAUAACAACAACAACAAGGAGAGGAAGAAAAAGAAGAAAAGGAUAAUAAAUCUAUUCUAUUUUAAAUGAUUAAUUUGAAUUGUGAACAAUUUACAUGAAAGUAUUUGUGGUGAAACAAUAAUUUAUGAAUAAACCAAUCAGAUUUAUGGUAACAAAUCUUGAAAUUUUGGCGCGAAAUAAAUUUAUUAAUUUGGUUAAAUAGACUUUUGACAUUAUAGCUAAUGUUAGUUUGUGAUGAAAACUCUAUAUAUGUAAUUCUUGUUAUAUCGCGAUGAAAAUAAUGAAUGGUAACUUCUGGGAUCCAUUUAUGAACUAAUACUAUAUGUAUAUAUUUAGCGCAUAAUUGAUAAGUAACUAAACUAUUCAUAUUCGUGUCCCUUUUAUUAUGAGCUUUAUUUUAACAUAUGAGCUGUUGUUAUACGAUUUACCAUUCUUGAGUUAUGCUCUUUCUAUCAAUUACUAUCUCCCACAUUCACAGUAACAUUUGGCUAAAUCUUGUACAAAUGUUGUUCCCUGUUUUGUGGUGCUACGUGGUCUGUUUCAUUUGUAUUUAGACCCAGUAUGUUUGAAAUAAACGAUUCAUAUCACAGAGGCUGAGACUGGUGUUCUGGACUUAACAGGCAGGUCUAGGCGGGAAGCAGGACCGAUAAGGACUCUAAACUACUCGUACAAGUUUUAUGAGUCAUUGGUCCAGUCGAUAAUUCACUGUUCUUUAAUUGGUGGUAUCAUUACAUUAUACAUUAAUAAGGACACAGAGCACAGUUAUAACAAUUCCUAAACCAUACUAGCAACUGUAAAUUCCUCACACUUCAUUAUAAUCUUCAUUAAGCCGUAGUGUGUAGGUGCAUACUCUCAAAGUCACUUUAGAGGUGCUCAAAGGUUGUCCAUAAAUUAUAAUCUCAAAAAAAUGAAUGAAAUAAGACAACGUUAAUUAGGAAACUGAAUAUCAAUUGAAAAAGUAAUCUAAUAGCAUUCGUUUUGUCACUUAAAUAUAUAUACAUUUUUCACAGAGGGGUUUUUUGGAUAUUGUAGUAAUUUACUAAUUGAAUUCAUGAGUUAAUUGAAGCUAGACCACCAUGGAAAACCUGGAAUCAAUGGAAGGUGGUUUUAUUCUAGUAUGGGACUUCUCAACAGUGCUCAUCCACGAUCCGGCCCCAAGAGAUUCGAACUUUGGACCUACCAGUCUCGCGCGCGAACACUUAGCCUUUAGACCACUGAGUCGGAAUCCUUAAUUAUUGUAUUAAUUGGCAAGUUUUGUAGAAGGAAAAAUAAGAAUUAAAUUUCAUUCACCAUUAAUUUUAAUCAUAAGUCUCGAUUUGCACUGCUUUUUGAAUUACUGAAUGACCUCAAAUUGGUUGUAAAAUUUAUGUUCAGAAAUAUAGAAGUUCAUGAUAACAAGAAAUAGGAAUUUGUAAAUAUUACAUUCCUUAUGUGAAGUUAUAUUACACAGUAUAAAAUCCAAUUUGACUACAGUAGACUUGUGGAAUAUACAUUGUAAAAUAAUGUAUCAUUCAAAUGCAGGUUGAAUAAAACUAAGCUUACUAGGACCGCUAAACUUACGGUUCUGUAAACUUGGACUUUCAAUAACCUGAAUGGUAAAAAUAGAAAUUUUAAUUAACAAUAAACUUAGAAGAAAGGAAAAGAUUAUUAUUGUGACUUGGAGACCGGCUAAUUAUCACGUGAUUUAUUCGCUAAUGGAAAUACGACUUAUACAGUUUUAGUACUGUGCCAAAACCAAUAAACGUUCGACCGGUAUGACAAGUCUAGUGUCCUUAUUAAUUCUUUGUCCUCCUAGCCCGUCCAGUUGAGUCCAGAACACCAAUAACAGCUUUUACUAUGUGGAUCAUUUGUUUCAAACAUACUUGGCUUCUAUACAAGCCAAACAGACUGCAUCACACUAUAAAAUAGGAAAUAACAUUUAUACAAGAUCAAGCCCCAAAGUGGCUGUGAACGUGGGAGACUGUUAUCAAUAAACCGAACAUAAUUUAAGAAUAUCAAAUCGUAUAAUAGUAGUAAUGUAUAGGUC